AUGGUUGUCAUAGAGCAGACUGGAGUGCGAAGUCCAGGUCCUCUCGUCACGACACCUCUCGUCGCGGUCAACGAUGCCGCAAGUCCAGCCUUCCCGCCUUCCCCGCUCGCGCUCGACGCAGUCACUCCGACCGCCUGCCGCUGGGACAACAUCCAGCGCGACCUCAGUGACCUCAACACCUGCUCUAGGACACCAGCGAAAGCCAUCGCUAACCCGGCCACCGCGGGCGGGAUUGCGGCACAAGCCGGCCCCUCUUCCGAGCCACCGUCCCUCCGGCUCGGGCACCUCCUCUAUAUCGACCAGGUCGGUGGUCCCCUCGUUGGGCCGUCUCCGACCAGCCCCGCGCCCGCCCACAAGUUCCAGCAACUCGUCUCUCUCAACCACCAAGGAGCCCCCAGCGCUGAGGCCAUUGUCGAGAAGGGCAAGACACCUGCGCCCCUCACGGCGGCACGCACCGGGCCGGCGCCGAGCAUCAAGCCCUCCGCGCCGGCGCGCUCGCGGCCCCGCGCGGCGACUUUGGUUGAGAGCCCCGAGACGCCACCACGCAGCCAGAGAGGUCCGGAGAAGCUCACUCCAAAUAGGACCGGGGAGCGCGGAAAGCGCACGACAUCUGAGGCGCGCCCACUUGUCCUUGCUGGCGCGAAGCGCGUCACCGCACCUGCUCGAGGAGAGUCCGUCGAGUCGCUCCAGCCGCAGCCGAGUCCUCCGCCCAAGACGACCACGACGCGCUCACUCAUCCGCCGCCCUCUAUCGCUGGCUGACAGAGUGUUUGGAAACUCGAAGAUCUCCGCGAAGGACACAAACAAGCACGCGCCUCCACCUUCACCCUCCCCUUCCUCAGCCCGGCAGCUCCGCGCCCGACCCACUGUCUCCAUCCCAGGAGAUUCGGUUGAGGAGCUGCGCACCUCCCUCCGCCGCCGCAUCAGCAACGCAUCUCCCCCCAAGUCUCCUCCGCCAAAGUCAGCCUCGCCUACCGCCGCCAAGUUCUCCUCAACGGGCAGCAAGUUCUCCGCUCCCCCCUCGCCGGCGGAAAAGUCUACGUCCUUCAAACUCCCCUUCUCCAAAACCCGCACCCCCGCCCGAUCCCAGCGCCUCGAAUCGACGCCGGCACGGCCUGCCACCGCACGCUGCGCUCUGCCCGACACGCCUGCGAUCUCCGCCUACCUCCGAGAGCAGAGCAUGCGUAUCGGCCACAUUGGUGAAGAGGACAUCUCGCUCGCGUCAAGUGGAUCCUUUCACGCCCUCACGCCGCCGGGACACGAGAGCACGGACGUAGAUUUCGUUUCUGCGAUUGCGGCGCAGACUCACUCUCACCCGCGUACCCGGGCGGCGUCGCAUCGCUUGCCACGCUCGCCACUCUCUCCGACGUCGCCUCUCAGUCCGCGCCGCGCUCGGCCCCUCGCAGCUGAGCUGCGUGCCGAGGUUUCCCGCCUCAAGAAUGAGCGCGUGCUACUAGAGACGCGCAUAGCCUCCCUCGAGGCGGAGGAGGGCCGCUUAACGGGCCUCGCGGAGGCGGCUCUGCGAGAUCGCCAGCGCGCACUCGAGAGUGCAGAAGAGGCCAAGGUUGACCGCGAAGCGGCGAUGUGGGAGGUAGUGGUGCAAGUUGCCGACGAGGCGAUCGAGGAGGAGCGCGCUCUCAAGCAUGCUAUUACCGUGGCGCGCGCGAUUGUCAUGGCUUUGUAG